AUCAGUCGCUGAUGUACGCUGAGUUUGACAUUACAUUUUGAAAAACAAAAAAGUUCAAAAGUGGAUUUGCUGAAGAUAUUUUAAUUAAAUAAAAGCAAGGCUUUUGUCGAUAACAGCCCGUAUUCGUUCUGGUAGUAAGGGCUCUAUUCUAUAUACCAUUGAAUUGUCCAGAAUUAAUAGAAAAAAGGGAUUUGCAACACUAGCUACAUAUCGUCAGUGAAAACAGAAAAUUCCCUGUGGGAUUCUUGCAUUAACCAGUACACGACAUUGAAGUAGACUAAAUUAGCCAUGAUGUCUGUGCGAAUGAAGGCCACAAAGUGUCCCACUGACGAGCUAUCAUUAACUAAUAAAGCCAUUGUCAACAUAUCAGACUUUCAAGAUGAAGUUCAAUAUAUCGAAGUGUCCACUGGUCCCGGCCAACAUUUCGUGUUUGCAAUUCAUCGGUCGGACGACGUUCCACGGAAUGCAAUUGGAUUUUCAUUGCUACAACGAAAAUGGGCUACACUGUCCAUCAAUCAGGAUAUUGACAUAAAACCAUAUCGUUUCAAUCCCACCAGUGCGACCGAAUGUCUCUGCAAUGUGGUCAUGGAAGUGGACUUUUUACAGAAGAAGACUACGACGCUGGAACCAUACGAUUCGGAUUUGAUGGCGAAAGAUUUCAUUAUGCAAUUUUCGGGCCUAGCACUCACCGUCGGUCAGCCGUUGGUGUUUAGCUUUCAGGAUAAGAAACUGUUGGGCUUGGCAGUAAAAACAUUGGAAGCUGUGGAUCCACAUCUUGCCAUGAAAGAGAACACAGAACCGAAGAAAACGAGGUUCGGUAAACUAUCCGGAAAUUGCACGGUCACUUUUGAAAAAUCGGAGGGAUCGUCCAUAAAUUUGGUUGGAAAGGCUAAGGGGAAAAUUGUGCGUCAGUCCAUCAUCAAUCCAGAUUGGGAUUUCGGUAAAAUGGGAAUCGGUGGUUUGGACAAAGAGUUUAACGCAAUCUUUCGUCGAGCAUUUGCUUCGCGUGUAUUUCCACCAGAAUUGGUCGAACAGUUGGGAUGCAAGCAUGUCAAAGGAAUUUUGUUGUACGGUCCACCCGGAACCGGUAAAACAUUGAUGGCUCGUCAAAUCGGCACAAUGUUGAACGCACGCGAACCGAAAAUUGUCAACGGUCCACAGAUUCUGGACAAAUAUGUCGGUGAAUCUGAAGCCAAUGUUCGACGUCUUUUCGCCGAGGCCGAAGAAGAGGAGAAACGGUUAGGUCCGAACAGUGGUCUGCACAUCAUCAUUUUUGACGAAAUUGAUGCGAUCUGCAAGGCGAGAGGAUCCGUGGCUGGAAACAGUGGUGUGCAUGAUACGGUUGUCAAUCAACUGCUGGCCAAAAUCGAUGGUGUUGAACAAUUGAACAACAUUUUGGUGAUUGGAAUGACAAAUCGACGCGAUAUGAUUGAUGAGGCGUUGAUGCGUCCAGGUCGUUUGGAAGUUCAAAUGGAAAUUGGUUUACCGAACGAGGACGGUCGUUUCCAGAUAUUGAACAUUCACACAAGACGGAUGCGCGAAUAUAAGAAGAUUAAUCCUGAUGUGGAUUGUCGUGAACUGGCAGGAAAAACCAAAAAUUUCAGUGGUGCCGAAUUGGAAGGUUUAGUAAGGGCUGCGCAAUCAACAGCAAUGAAUCGAUUGAUUAAAGCUGAUUCGAAAGUCGCAGUCGAUCCCGAGGCCAUGGAAAAGUUGUUGGUGAAUCGUGAAGAUUUCUUGCACGCUCUGGAGAACGAUAUAAAGCCUGCGUUUGGUACAGCGGCUGAAGCUUUGGAAUCCUAUUUGGCUAGAGGAAUUAUUAACUGGGGCACUCCGGUGUCGAAUCUAAUUGAAGAUGGUAAAUUGUAUACCGAACAGGCAAAAGCGUCUGAGAGUGGAGGUUUGGUAUCCAUUUUAUUGGAAGGUCCACCGAAUUCCGGUAAAACGGCACUUGCUGCAAAAUUGGCUCUAAUGUCAGACUUUCCAUUUGUUAAAAUUUGUUCACCUGACGACAUGGUCGGUUUUACGGAAUCAGCAAAAUGUCUACAAAUUCGGAAGAUCUUCGAUGAUGCGUAUCGAUCGACACUCAGUUGUAUUGUCGUUGACAAUGUAGAACGAUUGUUGGAUUAUGGUCCUAUCGGUCCACGGUAUUCCAAUUUAACUCUACAAGCUCUGUUGGUGUUAUUGAAAAAGCAGCCGCCUAAGGGACGAAAACUGCUGAUUUUGUGCACUAGCAGCAGACGGCAAGUACUCGAAGACAUGGAGAUGCUGUCAGCAUUCACAGCAAUUUUGCAUGUUCCGAAUUUGUCAAAACCGGAACAUGUCCUGGCUGUUCUGGAAGAAUACGAUCUCUUCAGCAAAUCCGAACUGAAUACGUUGGCUAAGAAAAUGAGUGGACAGAAAAUUUUCGUGGGCAUCAAAAAGCUCCAAGGACUCAUCGAUAUGGCACGUCAAACGGAACAGGCAUAUCGUGUCACAAAAUUCCUCUGCAAAUUGGAAGAGGAAGGUGGUCUGGAUGCGGGCACCAGUAUCCAUCAGUAACUAGACGGGGCAGAAUAGCAUAUUCAAUUUAAUGUUGUUACGUUUAACGACAUUUUUUGAUCGACAAACACACCAAUAUAUUUGACAUUUAAUUACUUAUAAUCAAUGGAUGUGAAUUUUCGUUUGUCCGGUUCGGUUUUUGUGUAGCGCUCAGCUGUUCGUGUGCUGACAGCGGAAUAAGUGAGGAGUUUUUUGGCUGAUAGUUUUUGCAUUUUGUAACGAGAUGUGAUUUUUUGCAUGAGAAAUUGUCGGUGUCACAGUUUUUGUUUUUUUUGUUAAUUUGAUCCCAAGUGCAAUGUUCAAUGGCGGUAUCACACAUCAAAUUUGUUAUUAAAACACAAAACGGUGGGCCGGCAUUUAAUGUUGUAACCGAAAGAUGCAUUCCAUUUAAACUUUUACCAAUUCUAUUUGAACCGGUCAACGUGCUGACGUUGGUCCGGUAUCAAUGAAAUUUUGAUGUGAAAUUUUGUUCCGGAUAAAUUAUUGAAAAUAGUGGAACACUUAACAGCUAUAAGAAUAUAAAUGCACUGCAAGUAGUUUGAUUUGAAAUUUACACUUUUUGUUACGUUCAAUAAGCAACAAUUUGCGUUAAACGAAAAAUCUGCCAUUCGUAUUGUCGUCGUACAUUGUACGCAAUUACGCGAAAGCAUUUUAUGUUGGAUUAUCUCAUCAAUUUUAGUGACUUGAAUGUUGAUCGAUUCAACGAAAUUUGUUCAAUUGACACACGAGUGUUAUAUUUAGCGAUACAAUCAGGCUCAUUAAAGUCCAAGUCAAAGUUUAUACAUGAGUUUUGACGCUUGUACCCUUUUUAAAUUACCAGAUACGGAAAACAAUUUCCUGCAAGGCCCCUAAGGAAAGAGGACACACAGGUGAAACUUAAUGAUAAAAUAGUUUCACUUCAAACAACAACACUGUCGUAGCCGCACUGUGUCUGGUUUGACUUAAAGCCAUAAAGCCAAAACAAAUUGGGGCUCCCCAUUUUCUUUUAAGAAAUUAUCAUUUGAGUGAUCACCGACAGACAAGGAAGAGACAAUAUGGUUACGUGUCGUCCUUAAUACAAUACCUACAAUUACUACUACAAUUUCAAAGUUGGACCGAUCUGAACACAUUCAAUUCAUGUUUAUAUUACUAUAUGAGCCAUAAGGAAAACUUAGACGCCAUGUACAGUCAGUAAAAUAACCUAGCGUGUGUUAUACUCAAAAAUAAAAAAAAUAUUUUGUCGAUUAGAGUUGAUUCGCUGCCGAUUGCGACUGAAAGACUGAUAACCUGGCUUGCAUUUCGUUUGUAAAUAAAUUAGAAAAUCUGUCUUGUUCGAUGAUAUUCCCACUUAGCAUGCGAUUAUAGUUGAUAUUAUAAUCGACAACGUAAGGGGUCAUCCAUUUAGUCCGUCCACACGAUUUCCGGAUUUUUUUGAACAGAAUUUUUUCUCUUUGCGGGCGUUCUUUAUGGUUGGCUCCUGCAGAUCACUUCGCGCUGACAAACUGUUUGCACAUGCAGCCAACGUGACUUCGUUAUUUUUUGCAUAUACUGCGAACACACUGCGAAUGCGGCGAAUGUUCCAACAGAUUGACGGAGUUCGAAAAGUGACGACAUUAUUUAAGUCAUUUACAGAUCUAGUUUUAAAUUAUAUUUGACCGGCGACACCCAGUUAGAGUAGAUGUGUGCAAAUAAUUAUAGUUCAAAUUGUAGAUUGGGCUGGAAAUUCGACAAUUGGAAACGAUGGUUGUCCGAGAGUAAGGAACGGUUGUAUCUUUGCUAGUCAUAAAAAGAAAUUUCUGAGCAAUUUCCGUUUACCAUUCAACAGUUGUGUGAUUGGUAGAACUUCCUUGAUUCGCUGCUACACUCACUUUUGCAAAUUUCAUAAAAUAUAGCGGAAUGGGGUAAUGGCGAUCAGUUAGACCAAAGUCAAAUAAAAUUUUAAGAUGAUCGAAAUUACCCGCUGGUCGCCAUUAGCCCAGAUUAGUCCGGAAAUGAGAUUUUCGUUCAUCGUAUAAUGUGGUUCGUAAUUGCUUAGUAAUCACUUUUUAUGACUAGCGAAACUGUUCUACUAAUUUCCACACUCGUCGAAAUUAAGAGCAAUGACUAGUAUCAAUGGAUGCAUAGUGUUGCCAAAGCAAAGUGUAAAUUUCAUUUCACAGCACCACAAUCAAUUUUCGCUUCUUUUGUAGGAAAAAACAUUGUUUAUUUUGAAUGAAUUUUUAUCGAUUGGUUGCAUUUUUUGAUAAUAAAAAAAAAACAUUUUGCAUCAAUGAAAAUUUAAAAAGAAAGCAAAAUUAAUCAGGAAUUCAAUAUAAAAUGAAUAUGGUACGUUUAAGACAAGCAAUACAAUUAACGAUAUUAAAAAAUGCAUCAAUUAAGUCAAAUGCGGGAAACUAUUAUAGUGCUACAAUGACGAAAAUAUUAUACAUACACACGUUGAGGUGAUUACCAGUAGAGUUAGAAAAAUUAAUUAAAAAUUAUUUAUCAAAAUUAAGCGUAAAGAUAGCUAAAGGCAAAAAAAUAAAAAUAAAUUUAAAAAGAAAA